AUGUUUGACGCUAAAUUAGCUGUUGGUAUUGCUGCUGCAUGUUCUACUGUUGCCAUAUUGGCCACAAUCACAACUAUUCCAUCUCUUUACAAUGAAAUCAAUGAACUUCGUGAUUUCGUUUCUGAUGGUGUACAAAUUUUCCGUGCUGAAACUGACUCAGCCUGGACUGAAUUAAUGGAUAUUCAAAUCACUGUUACCCCACCAUCUAAACCAAGAGAAAACCCAUUCAACAGCAUCUUCCGUCAAAAACGUCAAGACUUCAAAGGACUCCCAGCUUGGUGUCAAUGCGAACCAACCAAACCAACUUGCCCACCAGGACCUCCAGGACCACCAGGACCAGCUGGAGAAGAUGGUGCCCCAGGAGCCCCAGGACCAAAUGGUGAAGACAACACUUCAACUUAUGCUCCAAUCAUAUGCCCAGAACCAAGCAGAGACUGUAUUAAAUGUCCACAAGGACCACCAGGACCAGCCGGUCCAGAUGGAGAAGCUGGACCAGCCGGACCAGAUGGACAACCAGGAGCACCAGGAGCCCCAGGAAAUGAUGGACAACCAGGAGCCCCAGGACCACAAGGUGAUGCCGGUUUACCAGGUGCCCCAGGAGUUGACGGACAACCAGGAGCUCCAGGAGCUAAUGGUACAAGAGGCAAAGGAAAACCAGGUCCACAAGGUCCAGCUGGAGCUCCAGGAGCCCCAGGUAACAAUGGAGCUGAUGGUGCACCAGGAGCCCCAGGACAAGAUGGACCAGCAGGACCACAAGGACCAGCCGGAAACCCAGGAGCACCAGGAGUUGAUGGACAACCAGGAGCUCCAGGAGGUCCAGGAAUCCCAGGAUCUGAUGCUGCCUAUUGCCCAUGUCCACCAAGAAGUGCUGUCUUCUUGUCUAGACAUUAA